UAAGCUCCCUUAGCGCAACAAGGGGGCGCAGUAUGCAUAACAUGGCAGCCUCCAUGAUCAUGUUAUAGAAGAACGUGUGAGAUUCAACUUUAAUGUUAUUUAGAUAAAAGACAAUGGCCGACUCAAAGUCUGAAGACAUCCCAGAAGUAGUUGAGAGUUUACCAUCUCUUCCGACAGUGACAGAACAGCAGAGAGAGCUCGGGUGUCAAGCCCUGAGAGAGUUUGAAAACCAACAGUUUGGACCAUGUGUCUCAACACUUAAUAAACUACUAAAGGAGCGAUCAUCCGAUGUCAAAGUGUCCCAAAACAAAGCAGUGGCUGAGUUCUAUCACAGCGGCUUAAAAAAUGUGGAGGAGUUUAGAAAGAAAAUGAAUUGUUUCUCCAUCAACCCUGAUGCGUUUGACAGCCUGGAGGAUAUGGACCAUGCCUUCGUCUACUACAACCAGGCUGUGGUGCUGUACCAUCUCCGACAGUACCGUGCAUCGCUCAGUCUCCUGGAUAAGUUAUUUCAGUGUAUCGAACCUUUGGAAGAACUCCUAGCCAGAAAGGUUAUUUUGCUGUUAGUGGAGCUGUAUCUGUGUACAUAUCAGCCAGAGAAGUCUAUGGGCAUGUUGAGCUACAUGGAGAAGACGUACUUUAAUGGUAAACACGGCGCCGGACAGGGCACACCGGAGAAGCCAGAGAAGGGGAAGGACAAUAAGGAAAGCUCUGAGAACUCCGUGGAGGCGUGGAGACCUCGGAUCAGUGUUUACAAGAUUCGCUGCCUGAUCAUGCUCAAGUCAAUGAAGAUGUGCAAGCGGGAACUCAAGUCUUUACUCAACACUCAGGCAAUGAACACAUCUGUGAUCUACCUGAAGAGUAACUUUGAGUACCUACGGGGGAACCUACGGAAGGCUAUCCGGAUGCUGGGCUCGGACCCCCAGGCCCAGGUGUUCACCAACACGGGGGAGAGCCUCCCCAUGAUGUACUUCAACAACCUGGGGUGUAUACACUUCCACCUCCGCAAACACCACCUCGGGGCCUUCUACUUCCGCAGAGCUGUGCAGGAGAACGAAAACGCUUUGAAAGAUGCUGCAUCCGGAGGCCAAAAUCGCCCCCUACAGACGCGUGGCAUGAGUCGGCACUAUGAGCUGCUAUACAACAUGGGAAUACAACUGCUCCACUGCGGCCAGCCCCAGGCUGCCUUCGACUGCCUCAUAGAGGCAGUACAGGUGUACCAGGUGAACCCCCGACUGUGGCUGCGACUUGCGGAGUGUUGCAUACAAGCCAACAGAGAGAACAAUGAUGAAGAUCGUUGUUUAGAGAAGCGACUAGAGGUGAUUCAAGGCUCAGUCGGAAGUGGAGUGCACAGAAAACUUAUCCUCGGAUGUGGCAUCAGCAAGUUCAAACCUAGUUCCACCACGCCCUCCAUGCCAUCUGCCACCCUGGAGUUCGCCUCACUGUGUCUGCGGAAUGCUAUGCUACUACUGCCAGAAGACCCCCUGCUGGCAGACAAGACCUCUACAUCCUCCGACGACCAUGAAGGAAGACCCACCCCGGAACCAGUUCUGUUGGCAGCCCCUCCCGGCAACCCGAUGAAAGCCACAGAAAUCGCCCACCUACGUUGCUCCAUCCUCGCUGCAUCCUCAUACACCUGUCUGUGUCUCAAUGACCACCUAAUGGCCCUACAUCACGCAGAAAACCUCCUCAAACAGCCACAUCUCUCGGGCGCUCAGAGGUACAUUGGUCACCUGUAUGUAGCUGAGGCCCAGGUGCAGCUGGACAAGAUACCUGAUUCCAUCGAACAUCUGAACCCUGACCUGGUCACAGACAUCGGGACAUGUCCACCGGAACACAAGUCUGAUCAAGACAGAGCUGACAAAAAUGACAAAGGAGAGAAAGACCUACUAGCAGACAGCACAGAAGCCAAAAGUUCUUUGUAUCCCUGGUUCCCGAAAGAUUUGUCUCGUGCCAAAGCAGUGAUGCAGUACAACUUAUCAGCCGCUCAUGCGAUGAGGGGGGAGUAUGACAAGGCCAUGACACAUCUCACAGAGAGUUCGCGGAACAUCGGCACGCCCCUCCCAGCACAGAUGUACUUCCUCAAGCUAUACCUGGACCUGAUGGAGGGUCGGAGGAAGAUGGCCCAGCAGGUCAUCAAGGAUCACUUCGGUCAUGUCACCCCCAACAGAAUCUAGACCAUCAACAUAGUCGCAGUUGUCACAGCACAAUCUAGGUCAAGGUCAUGAACAGUUUCACCCUUGACCUUCUAAUCACUCUGAAUAAAACCCAAUUAUUUAGAUGUUCGUGAAUGAUUGAAAAUGUUGAUCUGUCUGAAUAUUCAACAAUACUACACUUUCAUGUUCUAGAAAGUCCAACUUAAGUGUAGGAAACAUUUAGUGGAGGUAGCACAGUUCAAUGUCAAGGUCAAGCUCAGAGGUCGAGAUCAUGGUUGGUGGUCAAGUUCAACCGUCCAGAGUUUAGGUGGCUGUUAACAUAUGAAUAUAGAGAAUAGUCACAUAGUCAGUGAAUGAUUGAACCAGGGGCCCAGAAAUGUGGGACAUCUUUGGACAUUGAGGUCAGGAACAGCACAACUGGUUCUGUAGAGUUCAUCCAUUCUCAAAACUUUUGACAUUAAGUGUGCCCAAAGAACACUUAAAGUCCUACUUGCUAGUUCUGUCUUACACAAAACUGUAAUUAUCCUCUGAACGACAAGAUUUAGUAGUUGAAUUUCCAGCAGUGUCCAGAAGGGUUGCUGUGAUUCACAACACUGUUUAUUUAGUGAGUAACUGUUGCUACAAAGAUAAAAGAAAAAUGUUUAUUUUUUUAUUAGUGUUAAAGUAAGGACCAGUUUAUGUUAUCAGACCUAGUAAAUGUUUGACUAUCAACCCAUAUAUAUGAAGCCUUUGUUACUGUCAAUUUCAAUACUGAAAAUGUGCCAUACCCUUAUAAAGUAACCUCCUCCAUGGCUCAAUAAGUAACCAACCAACAGGUUUGUUUUGUUUUUAAUGUUAGGUAUCAGUUAUUUAUUGGAUCAUAUGGGAGUUUGUCAAUAAUUGGACU